AUGUGGAAGAAUACACCGAGACAUCUUGCCUUCCGAGCACACGAUCGAUAUGUUGUGACCUGUUUACAAUUUGAUACCGACAAGAUCGUGGUCGGUAGCGACAACAGCAAAAUAAAUGUCUAUGAUACAAAUACCGGGGCGCUUCGCGCAACACUUGAAGGGCACGAAGGUGGUAUAUGGGCACUUGAAUACCAUGGCAACACUCUGGUCUCUGGGUCAACAGAUCGCUCACUCCGAGUAUGGGACAUUGCGAGAGCCGAGUGCACCCAUGUGUUUAACGGUCACACGUCCACAUUACGGAGCUUACAGAUAUUGCACCCAGUUCAGAUUGAUCAGAAUCCAGACGGAACCCCAGUGAUGGUGCCCGAACAGCCUCUCAUAAUUUCCGGCUCCCGUGAUUCGACCUUACGAGUUUGGAAACUUCCCCAACCUGGCGACCCGCAAUAUUUCCCUGCUGAGAAUGGUGAAGAAUGUCCAUAUCUGAUCCGUGUAUUGACUGGUCAUCAACAUUCCGUGCGAGCACUUGUAGCCCAUGGGGAUACUCUGGUCAGCGGUAGCUACGACAAUACUGUACGAGUUUGGAAAAUAUCUACCGGAGAAUCGGUGCAUCGGCUGAAGGGCCAUAACCACAAGGUUUAUAGCGUAGCCUUGGACCAUAAGAGGAACCGCUGUAUCAGUGGAUCAAUGGACCACACGGUCAAAAUCUGGUCUAUUGAUACAGGUGCGUUGUUGUAUAACCUUGAAGGCCAUACAUCCUUAGUGGGCCUACUUGGUUUGAAAGAAGAUCUGCUGGUUUCAGCGGCUGCAGACAGUACCAUUAGAGUUUGGAAUCCUGAGAAUGGCCAAUGUCAACACACGCUUAGCGGUCAUACUGGAGAGAUCGCAUGCUUCCAGCACGAUGGGCAAAAAUUAAUCUCUGGUUCUGACAGGAGUGUUAAGAUGUGGGACAUACGGACUGGUGUGUGUGAAAGAGAUCUUCUCACGGAUCUCAGCGGUGUCUGGAAGGUCCGAUUCGAUGCCCAACGUUGUGUUGCAGCAGUGCGUCGUGGAGGUAUAUCUUUUGUCGAGGUCCUCGACUUCGGCAUAUGCCCUGACAAUAUACCAUCUGACCAGUUGGGAACACGGGUUCUAGUUGAUGAACGAGGUGAUGAGAUCGAAGGCCCAGAGGAAAGUGAUUGA